GCUUCAUCCAACAUUGAAACACUGCCGCUGCUUGUCUCACACUACUGCAGCCGGCUGCUCUCUGUCAGUGUAAUGUCCUCCCGGCCUCAAUCCGCUUGCAUUCGUCACGUCUUAGUACUUCGAUUCUCUAAUGAAGAACCGACAGCGAAAUCUUGAUGUGGUUCAUCACGGACUAGUGCUCAUAAGCGAUGGGAAGGGACGAGGCAGACCUUCACGGCUCUUACUCUCAAAAGAUCAGCUUUCGAUAGAAAUACCAAGCGAUGGAACGGGGAACGAUGUGGAAGCUGAAGCACCAGAAGAUCAGACACGAACAAUAGUGAUAAAGCGCAAGGGUGGUGGAUUGGGAUUGUCAAUAAAGGGUGGUACCGAAAACUCUCAAAACCUGCCCAUAGUGAUAUCGAAAAUCUUCCCCGGAAUGCCAGCUGACCAGACUGGACAACUAUAUGUUGGUGACGCAAUAGUAGAAGUUAACGGAGAGCCAGUAGAAGGGCGCUCACACGAUGAAGUGGUAGAAAUGUUGAAGUCAGAGGGUGAAGAACUACGGCUUGGAGUUAGACACUACUCAAAUAUCGCUUCCUAUCUCAAACCUGCUCAAUCUUUGCAGCCGGGAAGAUCCGGAGGUGCAUUGGAUAAAAUCUAUGAGCCGAACACAUGGAAGUCCGCGAUGAAAGCUCAAUCAGAUUUGGGUCUCUACGAUGGUAAGGAAAAAUCUGCCGGGACAGAAGGAAAGGAUGAAAAGUGGAAGACAGUCACAGUCAUACCACUUCCAAUGGCAUAUCUGACGCGAUACCUAUGGGGAACCGACAAUCUUAGAACUAACUCGUUUGAAGUACGUGCUGUUGAUGGCUCGUCCACGGGUAUAAUUCACUGCGAAGAUGCACGAGCACUUGAACAAUGGAUUGGACACAUAAACAAUCAUAUACAAUCGCUUAAUCACAAGAGCAUCAAGAUGAGCAACAAGUAUUUGCAUCAGAGCGAGCAGAUUUCCUACAUUGGCUGGGUUAACGAGUAUAUGAGUGAAGGGCUGUCAGAAGAUCCAAAACAAAAAUGGGAGCCUCGAUUUUUGAUAUUGAAGGGUGGAGAUGUGUGCUUGUUCGAAAGCCCACCGCUAAGCUCUGAAGACUUGAACAAAUGCCUUUAUCUGUACAAAAGUUAUGAUGUUGCCAUCAAACAGGUCCCUAACGAUUCUCGCCGUCUAGAUAAACGAGAAAACUGCUUCUACUUGGAAGCAUGUAUGGCUGAUGGAACGAGACACUAUCUUUCAUUUGAAACUCCUCAAAUGUUAGAAGCGUUCGAAACUGCCUAUCAUAAGAGUGUUUACGCUACUGUCAUAGCUAUGCAGACGCGCACGUUCGCUUGCAGUUAUGAGGGCCGCCCAAGUGGCUUAGUUCUGGACAUCAAGCAAGGAAUUAGUCUGUACGAUAUUCCAACAAAAAGCUACGUGUGGCAAUACCGAUUUCGGGAUCUUCAUUCAUCAUCAGAUGAUGGUAAAGUUCAUGUACAACUGGUCUUCCGGGAUGAAAGAUCACUAGAUCCUGCUAAACUAGAGACGAAGGACAUCGAGUGUGAUGAAGUCUUGGCCGUAACAUACAACCUUCACUCUUUUCUCGUCACGAAGAUUGUAGCCGCUGAUCCCGAUUUCCUGAAACAGAAUCCACUUUUGUAA